AGACUUCCAGUCGUCUUACGAGCAUACGCACGUGUUUUCUUUUUCGGGACCAGCCGCACAGCCUCGGUUUAUGACAUCACCACGAACAGUCACAAACCAACUCUUGGGGGUUCCCCUGACACUGGAUCCAACUUCCUGUCCACAUCCAUCAGAACCAUGUCUCGCAUAGCGAAGCAAAACGAGCAGAUUCGCCAGAUUCUCGCUUCCGUAGAAAAUGGCACUCAGCGGAUUGACGAAAUGGCAAAAAUUAGAGGGUGGUUUCGUCCAAAAGAUGGAAGUGGGGCUUAUUCGGCCGUGCAAGACUAUCUUAACGAGAGAAUCGACUUGAGCGAAACGGCAUCGCUCUUGUUCGGGCCUAUUGAUGAGAAGAUCAACUCUUCCCACCUAGACGACGUAGACUUCAUGGACCUUUGGUAUAGCAUCAUUCACUCAGCACGACGCUUGUCAUGCCGUGAAAAUGCAGAGUCUCACAACCACGACAAACUAGUUGACUUGAUCAAGGCGUUCAAAGAGCACUCUAUACCAAACAACGAAAUCUACAACUACCUCUACAGCGAAAUGACGGACUUCGGAAUGGCCUGUCGCGAAGCCUACAACGACGCUCCAGUUGCUCACGACGGCUUCUUCGACCAAGAGGUGGAAGCAUGGGCAAACAUGAACUUCUUCUAUGCUCGCGUAACGCAAAAGGGGUUGCAGGAUCUCUGGAUAUAUGCCAUCUACUCGAUGCGAGCCGCACUUGAAACACCCCUCGUUGACGACCCCUCUGCGACGGCCAAUCAGCAAUACGACGCAUACGUCCCCGCUGCCGCCGCUUGGAUCUUCGGAAAUGGACGUCAACUCUUCCGCUUAGAAAGGGACCUUACACCUGCCGAUCCCAAGCAAGGUAACCCCGCACGAGGCGGGGAACUGUGGAAAAGGAGGGCCGAGUUUAGCAAAGACCGAUGGGCGCUGUGGAAGGAGAGAUUUGCUGCGGUCGGGAAGAUGGACGGCGUGGCGGAAAAGACCAGGAUUGCCGCGAGAGAUGCGGUCGAGAGCAUGGAAAGGAGCGAGACUUACGAGCCCAUGCCAAGGUAGUGCAUGGCUUUUGUCCGUAUGUCAUGAUGUAUUCUCUUCGGCAGAUUCGCAUGUAUGCGCAGUUGACGGGGGUCUUAUCAAGAACUGUGAUGUUCCUUGCGGAAAGAUGUAUCCGCGUGCACGAUCAUUAUGGUGGUAGUAGUAGUAGUAGCAGUAGUAGCAGUAGUAGAGAGGUGAGAAUAGUGACAUGCUUGAGUAUGGAUGAAUAUCAAAAGGAGCGCCACGGUCCCUACUUUA